CACAUUCAUAAUAAUAUUGAAACCUCAAUUAUUUUCUUCUCUCGGAAAUAGUAGGAAAGUAAAGAAAUAAGACGUAAAGUACAAAUGUAUUUGUGUAGGGGAACCAUUCUACUAAAAUACUCUACAUUAAUCCUCAUCUUUCUGCAAACAUGCAAUGCUUGGAAGAGCAAACACUACUGUCCCACUUCUGCUUGUGGCCAUAUCCGUGUCAUAAGCUACCCUUUUCGCUUAAACACAGAUCCUGAAUAUUGUGGAUCUAUUCCAGAAUAUGAAUUAGCUUGUGAAGGUAACCAAACAGUUAUAUCGUCAUUCUCCAUGAAGUUGCAUGUUCAAGCCAUCAGCUAUGACAAUCAGACAAUUCACUUGGUAGAUCCAACUUUACAAACACAAGAUGAUCUAUGCUCUUUCAGACCUCGGCUCACCCUCUACCAAUACAAUAGAUUCUUUGACACAGAUUAUUUCACUAAUGGAUAUAUUAAAAGAGUAGCAGAGCCUAUCUUCAUGUUCAACUGUCCAUUUGCUGUUAAUUCUUCGACAUUUGUGGAAAUUAGUGGCUGCAAAUUAAGCAGAUACACUUAUUUGAGGAUUGGAGAAAUGAAUGUCUCUGAAGUGAAUGAUGGAUGCAGAGCAGAAUUUAUAGGCCUGACCUCAUGGCCUAAUAUUAAAGAUGCACAGAACAACAUUUCCCUUUCUGAUUUUCAUCAAGCAAUCCUCUACGGAUUUGACCUUUUGUAUUAUCCGCCAUUUGGAGAAAGGAUAAGUGUUGCUUAUAUGAUUUCUAGUAAGCACUCAAACUUUUCUUUACAUAUAUAUACUUUUAAUUCUCCAUUGAUAUCUUACUCUAAAUUUGCUAAAGUUUUUGCACUUUAAUCCAACCAGGGAUCGGGAUCAUUCAGUAUGCCAUGAGUAAGCUCCUAUAUAUCCCUUUAGCAAGCUGUAUGUUAUUUGGAUGGACACAGAUUAACAUUCCAACAAAAACAACAUAUCCACAAAGUUGGGUCCUCCUCAGAUUAACAUUGAUCUUAAAUUUUCGUGAAAGUAGAUCACAACACAAACAUUCUAAAAUAGAACAACUCGAAAUAUAUUACUGUUAGUAAAGUUAUUAAUAGCAAUCUGAAUUUGUGAAAAAUCAUUUCUUUAAA